AUGUCAAACGCUAAAGAAUCCAAAAUUAGUACCAAAGAGAGUCACGUUGAUGAGGACGACAUCGAUUUGCCGGAAGUUGUAAACAAACGCGUUAAGGCCCUAAAAAAGAUUCAAUACGAUCUCACUAAACUGGAAGUUGAGUUCUUCAAAGAAAUCCAUGCACUCGACUACAAGUAUCACAAUUUACAAGUCCCCAUGUUUGAGAAACGUGCUACCAUUGUGCAGGGAGUUUAUGAGCCCACUGAUGACGAAUCUGAAUGGCAUUCUGUAGAUGAAGAUGAAGCAGAUCCAGAUCCUAAGAAUAAAAGUAAAAUGGAUGAGCUUAAAGAUGUUCAGGGGAUACCUGAUUUCUGGCUAAUCAUCUUCAAGAAUGUGAGAAUAUUAAGGGAAAUGAUUCAACCAUACGACGAACCAAUUUUAAAGCAUUUAAAAGACGUUAAACUUAUCACCAGUAACGAUCCAAUUAGCUUUCUUCUUGAAUUUCACUUCGGUCCCAAUGAUUAUUUCACCAAUGAAAUUCUUUCCAAAGAGUAUCUAAUGAAAUGCGAAGUGGAUAAUGAUGAUCCAUUCGAUUUUGAGGGUAUAGAAGUCUAUAAAUGCAUCGGCUGCACAAUUAAUUGGAUCGAUGGCAAAGACAUAACAUCCAAGACUGUACGAAAGAAACAAAAGCACAAGGGACGUGGUCCAGUUCGCGUUAUCACCGAGGUCGUGCAAAAGGAUUCGUUUUUUAAUUUCUUUUCCCCGCCAAUGAUACCCGAAAAUUCAAGUAAAAUAGAAGAUUUGGAUGAAAUUCAGAAAAAUUUACUUAAUAAUGAUAUAGAAAUCGGUCAAUAUAUUAUAGAACGCAUUAUACCCAGGGCUGUGCUCUAUUAUACCGGUGAUUGUGUUGACGAGGAUGACUUUACAGAAGAAGAGGACGAUGACGAUGAUGAAGAGGGAGAGGAAGAUCUUGAAGGCCGUGAUAAAGGAUCUUCAAAGGAACAAAAGUCCCAGAAAUGUUCACCAUAAAAUUUAUUUACUGAAUUAUUUUUAGUUUACCAUAUUUGUUUUUAGUAGCUCCGCUAAUUCUUUUUAUAAUCAUUUAUAAACUGAAUAACGUAAAGUUUCUAUAAACAAACUACGGAAUUUUAAAUAAAUAAAAAAAGAAAUGUACAAACAAAUUUACAAUUAAUUACCUUUAUUUUUUUAAAUGUAGUGUAUUGUAAUAAUAAAAUAACAAUAAAUGAAGUAUGACAUAA